AUGGCCAUAGAUCUGGGCAAUAAUUUUUGCAAACUUGCGGUCGUUUUGGUAUGUUGGUAUUUUUUAAUGACUCGUAAAUGCAGCCCGGUGUUCCAAUGGAAAUCGCCUUGGACAGGUAAUAUAACAUACUUAAUGGUCCACCUAUAGUGCUUCUGAGCGAAAAAUAGCAACGCUAGUUGUCAUUAAGAAGGACAAACGAAUCUUUGGGAACGCGGCUGUUCCAAGCGUACGUUUUCAAAUUAGCACAUCAUUGGGAUUUUUGGCUACAUAUGUAGACAAAACACAUGUUUUCGUUAACUUAUAAACUUCUUUAGCAGGCUAGAUUCUUGCAUUUAUAAAAGAGUGGCUGUCGUUAUCCACGGAGUGGAAGCAUGCUUCUUAAUUUUUUUCCUGAUCGAAAAAUAUCUUUCAUGCAUCACCUUUCCGCUUUUGAGGAGUUUGCUCACUUUCUUGCCGUCUUACAAUGAAGUCGCCAACCUCACUUCCAUUGUUACUUACACGUUUAUAGCCGACAAAGUGACUUUGUGUCUGUGCUCUUUUCGAGACGUCGAUAUUUGCUUUAUGUGACAUCACACCCGUUCACCUCGUUUUCAUUUCGCUUUGUAAUUCCGAGUCUGUUAUGCCCAUUUUUGGUUUUCUUUAGGCUAAGAGAGACCCUAUAACGGCGUUUGCUGAUCUUCCUUCAAUUGUGGGCAAGAAACUUGACCACCCAGCAGUGAAGAAGUACCAAGAGCGUUACCCUUAUCACAGCCUGAGUUAUAACAAUUCAAACGGAUUACUAACCUUCAGCGUCGAGUAACUUUUUUUCUCUCCGGCACAUCUGCUUUUAGUGGACAAAAUUUCGCCGCGGAAGAACUUCUGGGCAUGUUUUUCGAGUAUCUAAAAGAUACCGCUGAAAAAUACUCCGGUACGCUUUGGUAGCAUUUUUUCGAACCCAUUUGAUUCGGAUUAUUGCAUUUACUAUUUGCAUUUGGUAUGACCACGUUUGUUUGAUUGUCUACAUAUUUGCAUUAUACUGAUUUUUUAAAAUCAUUUUUAAGGGCAUGGAUGUUCUUCGAAAAUGCCAACUCUUCUAAGAGUUUAGUAUGUUUUGUCUGGUAGUAUUUUGUUACAUACCUUCAUUUGCCACCUCUGUUGUCAUUUCACCAAUGCUGCAUAGUUACUACGAACAUCGACAGUAUGUGAUGUUUGUGGAACUUAUGGUUGUGCGCAGCGGAAAAGAAAAAAAAUAUAUAUAUAGCUAUUGGUCCACAAACUAUCGUUAGAAUUACCUCUGAAAAUGCCGUUACUGGGUUACGGUGCAACAUUGAAUAAAGUCAAGACAGAGUCAUGUCCAACUUUGUUCAUUUGAACCCUGCUUUCAUCUUCCGUGCGUCAUACAGGUGCUCCGAUGAACACUGCUGUGAUCACUGUGCCGAGCCACUUUACCCAGUCAGAUCGUCUUGCUAUUCUCCGUGUUGCCGAGCUUGCAGGUAUCGAGGUUCUGCAAUUGAUGAACAGUAACGCUGCUGUCGGUCUUAAUUACGGCGUCUUUCGUCGGAAUUCAUUUGACUCCAACCCCCAGAACUUCCUGUUUUUCGAUGUGGGUUUCCUCGGAACCACAGCAACCGUAGUUUGUACGUACUUCUGCAUUAGCAGGUUUUAAUUUGUAUAUCUUAUCGUGUUCUUUCGCUGGAUACUUUUGUUUCGAAAAAUACUUUCUGAUUAUCGGAUAUUUCAGGACCAUCUUCAAUUUUUACACGUUAUGAGUACACCUGCCAAUUCAAAGUAUGUCCAAAGGGGUGUCUCUAAUUUUCAAAAUAUGAAAAUAAGCUUUUACUUAAUGAAACCUAUAUACGUAGUUACAUACCAACGGGAUCAACAGGAGUAGGCGUUAUUUUUCUAACUUAAAUUUUCGUCUUUUAAAAAUUUGGAGCCCGAUGAAGUAGCCAAGUCGCCCUAAGUUUGUGAGGGACAGAAUACGAAAGAUGCUUUGGUUGUAAACGUUAACUCACCUUCCGUAAACCGCCUACUUAGAGACAUGAUUUGUCUGCGACGGAUAGGGACAUGGAUACUUUUGGUGACCACCGAUUUAAUUGGCUUUUUUGAUUCGCCACAGAAAUUAUUGAGUGAACUUUCACAAAACUGCGCAAUCUGGGCUUUUAUGCAAUCUAAUCCACCCUUGUCAACCUUAAGCCAGUAUAGCAUUUAGUCCUUUUCCUGAAUCGGAUCAGCCUCAAAGUUGCGACAGACCAUUUGCUCGAAAUUCCUUUAUUCAGAGUGCUCUUUGAAAAACCUACAUGAGCGCUAAUACGUGUUCCACUGUCACCGUAAUGUUGCCACUAACUUCUUAGUCCUUCCAAACGCAACCUCUCAAUAAUUGUAUUUGCACUGAGCGCUUGAAAGGCACUGUAAUGCAAUGUCUGCGGAGCAUCUCCCAGUCAUUCGAUUGCGUCUUGUUUUGAAGGACUUACAUCAACUCCCCGGUGGAGUGCCGUUUUUAAGGCCUUGCUGUUUUAUUUUUCUCGUAGCCUACAAAGUGACUAAAAGUCGAGAGGGUGACAUACUGGAAGAAAAUCCGCACAUGUUUAUUCUGGGAGUGGGGUAAGCACAUCUAUCCUCUGUUGGAAAAAUCUUUGUAAACAGUUGUUGUUGUUUUAUGAAUUUAUUUUUAAUUGAAAUUUUGCAAAUAUGAUAGACUUUAAACAACUACCAAACAAAGUCGGUAUGCUUCUCUGGGUUUUCAGAAGAUUCGAUUUGACUCCCUUUCCACGAACGCACUCACCUAUAGCAAACUCGUCUGACGUGUUCAUUGCAUUUCACGCUCAGCAAAGGGUUAGAUUACUCGUAAGACCCUAAAGAUCACCUGAUCGGCUGCUUAUUUCGGAAUGUCUAAGUGAGCUCGGAGUAGGGAGUUAACAAAAAGUAGCUCUGCAGUUUCGUCACCGACCCGCCUAGGCAUGGAUUCGGACACUUGUACAUCUUGCAUUCUUAAGUGCCAAACCAGCUGCCUAUCUCAUUUGCGUGGAGUAUGCCUCAAUAAGAUGCCGUCUGGUAAGGAGUUCCUAUAUAUACCUAAUAAAAUUUCCAUCAUGCCAUAUCUGACUGAUUUAAGUGAUGUUGCACAUAGUACUUCUGCUUGCCUGAUGAUCAGCGGUUUCGGAUCUGGAGGGCGCGACUCACCCUCCUCUUCAGCCAUAAAGACCGGCUAACGGUUUUAAGAAAUACUUCCAUAUCUCGCCAGACUGUUUCGAGAGAAGUAUUAAUCAUACGUCUUCGCCACCUUCAGGUUGACAACGACAUCAGAUUUAGAACAGCAAUCCUAAGUUUAUAAAGCGAACGACGGAAAAUUUGCACACCACUUGUGGCCGAUGCUGUUGUCCAAACAGGUUCUUAUGGGUUCCGGCUUCGGAAGUACGAAUUAUCUGACGUUUAUACAGUUAGUAGCUCUGUUUUAGAGAGAUUUUGAUACAGGCUCUUCCCGCGCCUUCUCCUAGCUAACGUUUAGAGCAGUUUGUUUGAUGUGGUCGCUCAGGUUUAUUUUUGGCACACACGCAACCUCUGACAUCAGUACAUUGGACCAAUCGUGGCGCACGAACGAAUGUGGUACUUCAUGAGACCAAAUAAGCAUAUGUUUCGUGUUCUGAAGCUUACACUGGAAGGGGGUCUGAACGUUUGUUGAAGGCGUCUUCCUCAUCCCUCCCUUCCUUCCCCCGCUCUUUCCUCCUGUAUCCCUGUUUGACUGUCAUGCGAAUAACACUGGCCGCGUUUGUUUCGUCUACGUUUUCAGGAGUGAUCCAUUUUUGGGCACCAGCGAUUUUAUCGGCCGUCUCUUAAACCAUUUCGUGGAGAAGUUCAAGGCCAGCAACCCAGAUUUGAAGGGCGAUGUGAGGAAGAAUCCAAGGGCCAUGGCUAAGCUGUCGGUGGAGGCUCAGAGGAUCUUCAAGAUUCUCAGUGCCAAUCCUGAAAUUUAUGCAUCGGUAAGCUUUUUCAGUACUUUUUGCCUUUCUGCAAAGUUGGUUUACGUCUUUGCGCGUUUUUAAAAACUAGAAGAUAUAACUCCCCUGAGUAAAAAAGUUUAAGGAAACCUAAUCUACUACAAAUGAGUGUAAGAAGGAGUACUUGUAUGCAUUGCUUAAAUAACCUAUGCUUAGAUUUAUAGGGACAUUAAAAAUCAAUGGGAAAAUCCACAUUACUGAAGGGGUCAUCUUUAGCGAAUGCGCUUUCCAUAAAUGGCCGGAAAGACGUGCAUUCAAAAAUGGCCAUCCUGUCGUGUUGCAACCUCACUUAAGUAAAUCUUUUCGAAAUUGCAUUUUGGAAUUUUAGCUAGCGUUUCACGAGUUACGACACCCACUUUAGUUGCGAGUAUGGGAUCGAUCGAGUAAGCACGAGUUUCUAAAAAUUUUCACAACUGCUGGCUUUUCCUAAACCGGGACUUUUUAUGAAAAUACAUCCCCAAAGUGGCACAGGAAGUGAAGUUUUUGUGCGCCACCACCACCACCACCACCACCACCACCACCACAACAACAACAACAACAACAACAACAUAAUCAUCCUCCCACCCACCUCUGUUGUCCUUUUCUCUGCAGGUUGAGAACGUCAUGGAGGGGCGCGAUUUCAACCUCCGAGUGCAGCGCAGCGAACUAGAAGCCAUGUGCAGCGAUCUUGUAGAACGAAUAAGGAAACCCAUCAGCACCGCCAUCGAGGUAGCAGCCGUGCCCCUCGACAGCAUCCAGAGCGUCAUCCUGUUUGGAGGUGGAACUCGUGUGCCUAUGAUUCAGGCCGCACUGAAAGAGCUUACCGGAAAGUGA